AUGAAGGGCAACGAUGAGGUUAUCCAAGAGUUCAACGAGGUCGUCAACAUGACGGCCUCUGAGCUCGAAAAGUGGCUCAAGUCAGACGACUCCAACAGUGCAGGUUGGCCAAAGGAGGACGAGAAUGGCGAAACUGUUGGACACGACAGUGGCCGCAAAAUUGUCGAGAUCCUGAAGGAGAACCCAAAGAAAGAGCCCAGCAAGUACACCGAUGAGCAGAUUCAGCACAUGCGCAAAGUCGUCUCGUACUGCAAACGUCAUCUAGCCCAAGAGACAAAGGCCAACAAUGACAAGUCUCCCGAGGAGGUCAAAAAGACCAAGUCCUACGCUUCGCUCAAGAACUGGGGCCACGAUUUCCUCAAGGCACAGGGCAAAGAGAAUGGCAGUGGCAAGAAGCAGGAGGAAGAGAAGGAAGAAGAGGAAGCAGAUGAUGAUGCUGAGGAGCAACAAGAAGAAGAUGGCGAUGAUGAGAAACACAUCGGCGAGAAGAGAAGAGCGACACGAAGCCAGACUGGCUCAAACAAGAAGCGAGAGACUCGCAAGGGAGAGUCUACAAAGUCCAAUGAUGAAGAAGAAGAGGAGGAGGAUGCCGAAGAAGACGGCGAUGACGCUGAGAAGCCACAGAAGAAGCAGUCCAACGGAAAAAAGGCUAAUGGCGCUUCAAAGAAGUCUGAAGAGGCUGAAGACGAUCAGAACGAUGAUGAUGAGGGUGGUGAUGACUGUGGCGCAAAGAAGGGUCCUAAGAAGGGUGAGACUGUCAGUUGGAACUGGGGUGAAGGACAGCCCAAGGGUAAGGUUCUGGAUGUCAAGGCCGAAGAUACCUCCAUCACGACAAAGAAUGGUAACACUGUUUCGAGAAAGGGAGAUGAAGAAGAUCCCGCGGUGGUGUUGGAUACGGGCAAGAACAAGGCCAUCAAGAAGGCUCAUGAGUUGAACUAG